CGAACAAAUAAAUAAAUUUAUCUGUUCAAUAAGGAAAGAAACUAUCAUUCUUAAAAAGAUAUUUAUAAUAAAUCGAAGUAAUUGAUAGAUCAAUUGUCCAAGUCGACCAUGUCACGAUUUUUGUUAGCAUCAAUAUUUUUAAUCGCUUCAAUGUCAAUAAUUGAAAUCUGUGCCAGAAAGAGAACUUGCGAUAAGAAAUGCGCCGCACACGAGAUGUGCAAUCUUUGUGGAAACCAUUGUGAAGUUAAAUGUUCAGAAUGGCCCGUCAAACCAUGUCUCAGGAUUUGUGCUCCUCCGACUUGCGUGUGCAAAAAAGGUCUUUACAGAGAUGAUCACACUGAGAAAUGUGUUCCACAUAAUAAAUGUUCAGUGCAUUCGAAGAACUGACCCUACUAUUAACACGGAGUAUUUAAAAUAUUUAAACAUUACCAUUUAAAAAAAGUUUCGAGACUUGAAAUAUUUUCAAAAUUUAUCACUUGUAAUA